AUGGCAUCGGGCCUGGAAGCGGCCGCUGCCAAGCUUUUAAACUUCGCAGAGCCGCUCGAUGUUGCACUGCUCGAUGCCACUGUUGCUGCCUUCUACGGCGCCUCCACCAAUGAUGAGCGCGGAAGUGCGGAAGCCAUCCUGCGCAAGUUCCAGGAGCAGCCCGACGCCUGGACACGGGUGGAUGCCAUUCUGGAGACAUCGAAGAACCAGCAGUCGAAAUUCUUUGGGCUCCAGGUGCUGGAGUCAGUGAUCAAGACGCGGUGGGGGGCGCUGCCCGACGAGCAGCGCGAGGUUCUCAAGACCUACAUCAGCAACCUCAUAAUCAAGCUGUCCACAGACGAGGUCGCCUUCCGGCGCGAGCGCGUCUUCCUGAACAAGCUCAACCUGGUGCUGGUGGACAUCCUCAAGCAGGACUGGCCCCACAAGUGGCCCACCUUCAUCCCCGACAUCGUGGGCGCGUCCCACACAAAUGCUGGCCUGUGCGAGAACUCCAUGGCCAUCCUGCGCCUGCUGUCGGAGGAGGUGUUUGACUUCUCCGACUCCCUCACCGCGGCCAAGACGCGCGAGCUCAAGUCCAGCUUCAACGACCAGUUUGCGCAGGUGCACGAGCUCUGCCUGGCCGUGCUCAACGGCAACGCGGCGCGGGACCUGGUCCGCGCCACGCUGGCCACGCUGCAUGCCUUCCUGUCCUGGGUGCCGCUGGGCUACAUCUUCGAGAGCAACGUGGUGGACGUCCUGCUCCGCCUCCUCCCCCAGCCUGCGCUGCGGAACCUCGCGCUGCAGUGCCUGACGGAGGUUGGCGCGCUGUCAGUGGGGCCGGAGUACACGCCGCGGUUCCAGGCCAUGUUCCACCAGUUCUGCCUGCUACUGGCGCCCAUGCUGCCGCCGCAGGUGGACAUCGCGGCUGCCUAUGCCAGCGGCGGCGACGAUGACCAGGCCUUUGUCCAGAACCUGGCCAUGUUCUUCACCUCCUUCCUCAAGACCCACAUCAUGGCCCUGGAGGGGAGCGAGGAGCUGCAGGCCGACCUGCUGGCGGCGCUGGACUACCUGGUGGGCAUCUCCUACGUGGACGACGACGAGGUGUUCAAGACGUGCCUGGACUACUGGAACUACUUUGUGCCGGAGGUCUACUCCUUUGUCUGCACCACCGCUGGGAACGAGACCGCCCAGUUUGCGUUUGGGGGGAUGCCCAUCUCGGCCGCCGCCAUGCGGCGCAAGCUUUACGGCCCGCUGCUGUCCAAGUUGCGAGCGCUGAUGAUCGCGCGCAUGGCCAAGCCGGAGGAGGUCAUCGUGGUGGAGGACGAGAAUGGGAACAUCGUGCGCGAGACGAUGAAGGACACGGACGUGCUGGCGCGGUACAAGACCAUGCACGAGACGCUGGUCUACCUCUCGCACCUGGACCACGAGGACACCGAGCGCCAGAUGCUGGAGAACCUGAGGCUCCAGCAAAUCAACGGCGCCAACUGGGGCUGGUCGGCCCUCAACCGGCUGUGCUGGGCCAUUGGCAGCAUCUCCGGCAGCAUGGUGGAGGACCAGGAGAACAGGUUCUUGGUCACCGUCAUCCGGGACCUACUCAACCUCACCGAGAUCACGAGGGGGAAGGACAACAAGGCCGUCAUCGCCAGCAACAUCAUGUAUGUGGUGGGCCAGUAUCCUCGCUUCCUGCGCAACCACUGGAAGUUCCUGAAGACGGUGGUGAACAAGCUGUUCGAGUUCAUGCACGAGACGCACCCGGGUGUCCAGGACAUGGCCUGCGAGACCUUCCUCAAGAUCGUGUCCAAGUGCAAGAAGAAGUUUGUGGUGCAGCAGGUGGGCGAGACAGAGCCCUUCAUCUCCGAGCUGCUCACGGGGCUGACCGCCACCAUCCAGGACCUGGAGACGCACCAGAUCCACAUGUUUUACGAGGCGGUGGGUGCCAUGAUCGCCGCGGACCCAGAUGCGGGGCGGCGGGAGGAGUACCUGGUGCGUCUGAUGGGUCCCCCCAACGUGACCUGGCACCAGAUCCUGGCCCAGGCCAAGCAGGACGUGGAGGUGCUGAAGCAGGGGGAGGUGAUCCGCAACCUGCAGACCGUGCUCCAGACCAACGUGUCAGUGUGCUCCUCGCUGGGCCCCUCGUUCACGCCCCAGCUCAACAUCAUCUACCUCGACAUGCUGGCGGUGUACAAGAUGUACUCGGAGCUGAUCAGCGUGGCCAUCAGCACGGGCGGCCCCUAUGCGGCCAAGACCAGCACGGUGAAGCUGAUGCGCAGCGUGAAGAAGGUCACGCUGCGCUUGAUCGAGGCCUUUGUGGAGCGGGCCGAGGACCUUGCGGGCCUGGCCAGCCAGCACGUCCCCGCCCUGAUGGACCCGGUGCUGGGCGACUACGCGCGCAACACGCCCGACGCCAGGGACGCGGAGGUGCUGUCCCUCUUCGCCAUGCUCAUCAACCGCCUCAAGGACGGGAUGCGGCUGGAGGUGCCUCGCAUCUUCGAGGCCGUGUUUGAGCCCACGCUGCAGAUGAUCACCAAGAACUUUGAGGAUUAUCCGGAGCACCGCCUCCAGUUCUUCGGCCUGCUUCGAGCCAUCACCAACCACUGCUUCUCCACCCUCUUCACCAUGACGCCGGAGCAGCUCAAGCUGGUCAUCGACUCCAUCGUCUGGGCGUUCCGACACACAGAACGCAACAUCGCAGACACAGGCCUCAACCUGCUCCAGGAAAUGCUGGCCAUGUUUGCGCAGUCCAACUUUGCCACGCAGUUCUACCAGUCCUACUACCUCCAGCUGCUGCGGGAGAUCUUUGCGGUCAUGACAGAUACGUUCCACAAGCCGGGGUUCAAGCUGCAGGCCAGGAUCCUGCACCACCUGUUCUGUAUCGUCGGGACCGAGGUCAUCAAGGGCCCGCUCUGGGAUGCCAGCCAGCCGGGGAACUUCUCGUCCAACCCCGAGUUUGUGCAGCAUUACGUAACAAACCUGCUGUCCACAUCCUUCCCCAACUUGCGGGCGACACAAGUACAGGCCACCGUGCUGGGCAUGAUGGAGCUGAAGGAGUUCACAACCUUCAAGCAGCACCUGCGGGACUUCCUGGUGCAGGCCAACCAGUUUGCGGAUCAGAACAACGCGGAUCUGUAUGCGGACGAGGUCGCCGCGGCGAGGGAGGCGGAGCAGAAGAAGAUGGCCGCCAUCCCCGGCAUGGUGAACCCGCACAAGCUGGAAGAACCCACCAUCGAUGCCUUGUGA